AUGACAUCAACAGGGAAAGAAGGCAGCGGAGCUCAACAUGCACAAUAUGUUGGACCGUAUCGUUUGGAGAAAACCCUAGGAAAAGGACAGACAGGGCUUGUGAAGUUGGGGGUUCACUGUGUCACAUGUCAAAAGGUCGCGAUAAAAAUUGUCAACAGAGAGAAGCUCAGCGAGUCGGUGCUAAUGAAGGUGGAACGGGAAAUAGCCAUCCUGAAGUUGAUAGAACAUCCUCACGUUUUAAAGCUGCAUGAUGUUUACGAAAAUAAAAAAUAUUUGUAUUUGGUGCUAGAACAUGUGUCAGGUGGGGAGCUCUUCGACUAUCUUGUAAAAAAGGGAAGAUUAACACCAAAAGAAGCCAGGAAGUUCUUCCGACAAAUCAUCUCUGCUUUAGACUUCUGCCAUAGUCAUUCAAUAUGCCACAGGGAUUUAAAACCAGAAAACCUACUGUUGGAUGAAAAGAACAACAUCCGGAUAGCAGAUUUUGGGAUGGCGUCACUGCAGGUUGGGGACAGCUUGUUAGAAACCAGUUGUGGAUCACCACAUUAUGCCUGCCCUGAAGUAAUCCGGGGAGAAAAAUAUGAUGGAAGGAAAGCAGACGUCUGGAGCUGCGGAGUCAUUUUAUUUGCGUUGCUAGUGGGCGCCCUGCCAUUUGAUGACGACAAUUUGCGGCAACUGUUGGAGAAGGUGAAACGUGGAGUGUUCCACAUGCCACAUUUUAUCCCCCCAGACUGUCAGAACCUCUUGCGGGGGAUGAUUGAAGUGGAUGCCUCGAAACGUCUCACGCUAGAACAUAUUCAGAAACACAUAUGGUAUAUAGGGGGAAAGAAUGAGCCAGAACCAGAGCAACCAAUCCCUCGAAAGGUGCAGAUUCGUUCUCUCCCUUCCCUGGAGGAUAUUGAUCCAGACGUGUUAGAUAGCAUGCACUCGUUAGGCUGCUUCCGUGACCGAAAUAAACUCUUACAGGACUUGUUAUCAGAAGAAGAAAACCAAGAAAAAAUGAUUUAUUUUCUUCUGCUUGACCGGAAGGAGAGGUAUCCCAGUCAUGAAGAUGAGGAUCUUCCCCCUAGGAAUGAAAUAGAUCCCCCCAGGAAGCGUGUGGACUCCCCGAUGCUGAACAGGCAUGGGAAGCGGCGGCCAGAAAGGAAGUCAAUGGAGGUUCUGAGUGUGACAGAUGGUGGCUCCCCAGUCCCUGCUCGCAGAGCUAUUGAAAUGGCACAACAUGGACAGAGGUCUCGGUCAAUCAGUGGAGCUUCGUCUGGGCUCUCCACCAGUCCUCUCAGCAGUCCAAGGGUCACCCCUCACCCCUCUCCAAGGGGAAGUCCCCUCCCUACCCCCAAGGGGACACCUGUCCAUACGCCAAAGGAGAGCCCAGCAGGCACACCCAACCCAACACCACCAUCCAGCCCCAGCAUUGGAGGAAUGCCAUGGAGGACACGGCUCAACUCCAUCAAGAAUAGUUUCCUGGGGUCUCCUCGGUUCCAUCGCCGGAAAUUGCAAGUUCCUACACCAGAGGAGAUGUCCAAUUUAACCCCAGAAUCAUCCCCAGAGCUUGCCAAAAAAUCCUGGUUUGGUAACUUCAUCAACCUGGAGAAAGAAGAACAGAUUUUUGUGGUCAUUAAGGACAAGCCACUAAGCUCCAUUAAGGCUGAUAUUGUCCAUGCUUUCCUCUCGAUUCCAAGCCUCAGUCACAGUGUCAUCUCACAGACAAGCUUCCGUGCAGAAUAUAAGUCCACAGGAGGUCCUGCUGUCUUCCAGAAGCCAGUAAAGUUCCAGGUGGACAUAACAUACACAGAAGGGGGAGAGGCGCAGAAGGAGAACGGGAUCUAUUCUGUCACUUUCACACUCUUAUCAGGUCCAAGCCGUCGUUUUAAGAGGGUAGUAGAAACCAUUCAGGCACAGUUGUUAAGCACACAUGACCAGCCUUCAGUGCAGCAGUUAUCAGACGAGAAGAACGGGCAGGUGAGCCACCCCCCCGGCACGCCAACCAAGCAUAGCGCAAACAGCAAGCGGAGCGAUUCCGGUUCUAAUGACUAUGGGUCUAGAGGAGACAAUAAGUACCCUGCUGGCAAAGACAAGGCAAAGAUGGUCUCAUCAGUCGGCCUACAAGACCAACCUUAA